AGAAGAUAAUUUUUUUUGAAACUUUUUGACAUUACCUAGAAGAAAAUUAUCUUAAACACUCGGGCUAUUAUAUUACAAUUCAGCGACGAAAUCGAGUCUUCUUUGUCUUGGAAACAUGACUAAAAGUAGAAUAUCCGAGUAUCGAGCAUUUCACGAUUUUACUAAAAGACUACUGACUAUUGGUGGUCUGUGGCCUUACGAUAAUACUAACAUUUUUUAUCGUCUCUUACCAUACGUACAGAUUUUUUUAAAUUUGGGAAUGGCUUUAGUGGUAUAUGGUUUCGUGCAGAAACAUUUUUCAAACGUCGCUGUUGUUACAAGAGGUUUUGGUAUCAUGACAAGUUUCGUAACAGCUAUUUUGAAGGUAAUGUGUUUGGUAAUCAAUCACAACGAUUUAACGAAGCUACACAAAAGUCUAGAUCCGUAUUUUGAAGAGUUAUUGAAAAAUCCAAAAUUGUUGGAGCAUAUUUUAAAAAAAGUAAAUAUCUUCAGAUUCCUAUCAUGGGCUUUAGGUUGUUGUGUAUUUGCAGUGAUAGCAUUUUACAUAAUCACUCCGUUGAGUUUUAUAAUAAGUUGCUAUUUUCAUCAUGUUGAAAUUAAAAAAUAUCCACUAAUAUACCCCGGCAGCUAUCCAUGGAAAAUUCCAUCAAGUGGAUUCGUUUACAAAGCUCAUUUUAUAUUUGAAACACUUGGAUCAUUUGCAUUAUUUUUCGUUACAACGAGCGUUGAUUCUUUGUUUACACUUUACGUUUUCCAAAUAAUUGGACAAUUACGUGAAAUCUCAUACUGUAUCACCCAUAUUAAUCAUGAAAAUGAUGAUGGAGAUUUUGUUAUUUAUAAAUGUAUUGCUCAAUACGAACAAUUAAUAAAAUGCCGCGAAAUACUUGAAAAAAUUUAUGGCCCGGUUAUUCUUUGGAUAAUGGGAACAAAUGCUGUUAUAUUAUGUGCAUUAUUAUUUCAGAUGAAAAGCAUAACCGUCAUACAAGGUUUAUUAUUCACUACUUACUCUAUAUUGAAAAUGGUUCAAACAUUUAUGUAUGCAUGGAGUGGAUCAUGUUUAACAGAAGAGAGUGAAAACUACAAAGAUGCUAUUUAUUCUGCUAAUUGGUUCGGAAAUAAACGUUUUAUGACAUCUAUUGUCAUAUUACUCACGCAAAGGCCUUUGACAUUAACAGCUUGCAACUUUUCAAUCGUUUCUUUAAGAAUUUUUAUUUCGGUUGUCAAUACGACAGUUUCUUACUUUUUUCUGUUACAAACGCUCGAUAGUGAUGAUUAAUAAUUUGACGAUUAUUAAAUUUUAUUUUUAAAUAUUAUUUACUCAAAUGGAUUAUUAACAAUUUGCGAAAAUAAUUUUAUUUUAAUUCAUUUGAAAAAAAUAAGAAAAUCUGAUUUUUAAUAGUCGUCACAACCAACAACAUAAUUACGAAAAAUUUGUUAAAAUCAAAAUUUGAUAAUCAUAAAACGUAAAACGAUCUGGCAAACUAUACAGUUGGCGUCAAAAAAUUUAACAACACCAUAAAUAAAUCAUUUCUAUAGAUUUCGUAUGCACAAAAAAUAUAAUAUGAGUAAUCUGUAUAAAAGUUAUUUCAGUAUACUGAUAAAAAUGCUUGGAUUAUAAGCAAAACUUAUUAUUGUUAGAAAAAAAAAACAAUAAAUGACUUACCAAAUUC